AUGAUCGAACUACAACCACAAUCACCACUGAUGGAAUGCAAAACAGACGAGGCGCGCAGUCUGCAACAAUUGUUGGAAAAAACCAGCGGAUGGCGGCCGUAUCCUUUGUUCAUCACGUGCUCGAUGGCGUUUUUAUGGGCGCUGUGCGCCCUCAGCGCCAUUUCGCCGGCGUUCACCGCACCCGCCGAACCGUGUACGACGAAUUGCACGUUCUACACGAUUCAUCAAGAUUUCAAUCUCACUAAUUAUGCGAUUGAUCCCGCCGAGUUGAGUAGUUCGAUCUACUUCUUCGGCAAUCUAUGCGUUGGACAAUUCUUCGCCACACUCGCUGAUCGAUUCGGAAGGCGGCCGAUCAUUCUGGCAAGUUUGAUGCUCACCGGAGUUGCCGGCUCUCUAGGUGCACUUGCUUCAAAUUUCCCGCUUCUCCUUUUGGCAAGGUUCGUGCAAGGAUCCUGUUAUACGCCUUUAACAAUGGUUAACUAUGUGCUAUGCAGCGAAUGUAUUCCAAAUAAAUCAAUGUCGCUGGCUUCGAUGUUCUUUGGAAUCUCCUGGGUCCUAGGUUACUGUUUUCUCGCCCCAUUAUCAAUUCUAUUCCCGACGUGGCGUCUUCUUCAAUUAGCAACCGCGAUUCCCAACGUGGUAAUCGCCGUUUUUCUAUUUUUUACGCUACCUGAAAGUGUCGCCUAUUCGAUAGAACGAAAAAAUCGAAAAUCGGUGAAAAGAUGGAUCAGAAUGAACGAGAUGACGUCACGCCGCGCGAUUCCGCACAAUCUCGACGACAUCAUGAGCAACGCUGAAAAACAUCAAGAGCAAACCGAGCAGGCCGAGUUGAGCAUCUGGCAAAUUCUGCGACGCGUCCGACACAACUCGAAAAUUCUGAAGUUGAUGCUCAACGAGACGUUCAUCUGGAUUCUGACGUUCAUGAAUUAUUGCGCGCUGGCGUUGACGUCGACAUCCGUCGGCGAUUCGAAUCCGCUCAUCUCUUUCCUCUUCUCCGGCAUCGUCGAGUUCCCAGCCUACAUCUUCAUACCGAUCAUUCUACGAUACUUCCCAAGAAAGCCGAUUCGAAUAUUAUGUCAUGCUCUGGGAGCUGUAGCACUUACAGCAAUGUAUUUUCAAGCAACAGACUCCCCUGCCCAUUUGACCAUCUGGCUACUGGGCAAGUUCUCGGCCUCGUGCUGCUACAUGUCAUGCUUCAUCAACGCGUCCGACCUGUUCCCAGUGUUCUGCCGAACGUGUUGCAUUGGUGUAUGCUCAACACUGUGCAACAUUGGUUCAAUAAUUGCACCCUACAUUUUCACCCUUGACAAAAUUGCACCAAACUCGCAAUUUAUUUGUAUAGCGCUUUCAAACUUGAUCUGUGUCAUUUUAAUAAUUCUUCAAUACAAAAUGAAAUAG